GGGUCAGGGAGACCCGGACAGGUCCGCGGAACUACUCGGUGGGCUCCGGAGGAAAGGUGAGGACGCGUUGAAGUGGGCAAGUUGAAGCGCUUCGAGUGGUGUUUUCUUUUUUGGCAGGUCUGCAUCCCAUAGGUCAGACAAGCCGUUCUCCUCUUGCCCUUGACUGGGUACCAGCUCCUGCCCCGCCACCUCUGGAACCCGGGAGAGCCGGCAGGGGAAGACAGGAGAUGGCCCUGUCAUCAGGAGACCGGUUCAUCUCCCAGGGUCACGAGAGACUUAAACCUCAGGCAUCGGUUUAGUUGCUGUCUUGAACCUGUCCACGCUACUGUUUGUUUUUGUCUAGCCCGGUGAUCAUGUUGGGUAGUAUUUUAUUCAUUCCACCGACGGGGAGAACUGACAAAAACUAAAAGUUAGCUCAGUCGGAGCUGGAGGGAGAGUCAAGCGGUUAAGAGUGCCUUGCAGAGAGGAUCCGAGUUCGGUUCCCACUAGCCCAGUCAGAAGACUCCCAGCUGCCAUGUAACCUUAUCAGGGAAUUCUCCACUCUCUUUUGGACUGUGAGCACCGGCACUUAGAAGUGCACAUUACCCACACACAGAUAAGCACAUGCACACAUAAACUAAAAAUGAAUCUUAAAAAGUUAGCCUGGAGUCCGCUGCAGAUCAGGAAGCUGCGGUGUCUUCAAGUUUGUGAGGUUCAUGUCUGUAAGACCAAACAGAUUUCUGGGAUCCACCCCCACCCCAUCACUAAAUCUAAUAUUCUAAGCCAGCUCAUCAGCGCCUUUUAGAAAGUUACUUUUAUAAGAUACAGCCAAGAUAUUAGAGCCAGGGUGUGAUGAUGGUACCUGUCUGUAAUUCCAGAAAGGGGAGGCUGAGAUGUGAGGAUUGAACGGAGAACUUUGUGUGUGAUUAGCCAUCAUGUUAAGGAUACCUAUAAAAAGGGCCUUGAUAGGCCUUUCUAAUUCUCCUAAAGGAUAUGUUCGCACAACUGGCACAGCAGCAAGUAACUUGAUUGAAGUAUUUGUUGAUGGUCAGUCUGUCAUGGUGGAACCAGGAACCACUGUUCUGCAGGCUUGCGAGAAGGUCGGCAUGCAAAUCCCUCGAUUCUGUUACCAUGAAAGGUUGUCUGUUGCUGGAAAUUGCAGGAUGUGCCUGGUAGAGAUUGAGAAAGCUCCAAAGGUUGUCGCUGCUUGUGCUAUGCCUGUAAUGAAGGGCUGGAAUAUCUUGACAAACUCGGAAAAAUCUAAGAAAGCCAGAGAAGGUGUGAUGGAGUUCUUAUUAGCAAAUCACCCAUUGGAUUGUCCUAUUUGUGACCAGGGAGGUGAAUGUGAUCUGCAGGACCAGUCCAUGAUGUUUGGAAGUGAUAGGAGCCGAUUUCUAGAGGGGAAGCGUGCUGUGGAGGACAAGAACAUUGGGCCCCUAGUAAAGACCAUCAUGACUAGAUGCAUCCAGUGUACCCGGUGCAUCAGGUUUGCAAGUGAGAUUGCAGGAGUAGAUGAUUUGGGAACAACAGGAAGAGGAAAUGACAUGCAAGUUGGCACAUACAUUGAAAAAAUGUUUAUGUCUGAACUGUCUGGGAAUGUCAUUGAUAUCUGCCCUGUAGGGGCCCUAACCUCUAAGCCUUAUGCCUUUACUGCCCGGCCUUGGGAAACAAGAAAGACAGAGUCCAUUGAUGUAAUGGAUGCAGUGGGAAGUAACAUUGUGGUUAGCACAAGAACUGGAGAGGUAAUGAGGAUUUUGCCAAGAAUGCAUGAAGAUAUUAAUGAAGAAUGGAUCUCUGAUAAAACCAGGUUUGCUUAUGAUGGACUAAAACGUCAAAGACUUACUGAACCAAUGGUCAGAAACGAAAAAGGGCUUUUAACUUAUACCUCCUGGGAAGAUGCACUCUCUCGUGUAGCUGGAAUGUUACAGAAUUUUGAAGGCAAUGCUGUGGCAGCGAUUGCAGGAGGCUUGGUGGAUGCUGAAGCCUUAGUAGCUCUGAAAGACUUGCUUAAUAAAGUUGACUCUGACAACUUAUGCACUGAAGAGAUCUUCCCCACUGAAGGAGCUGGUACAGACUUACGUUCCAAUUAUCUUCUCAAUACCACAAUUGCUGGUGUGGAAGAAGCAGAUGUUGUUCUUCUAGUUGGUACAAAUCCACGUUUUGAGGCACCGCUGUUUAAUGCUAGAAUUAGAAAGAGCUGGCUUCAUAAUGACUUAAAAGUGGCCCUCAUCGGUAGUCCAGUGGACCUCACUUACAGAUACGACCAUCUAGGAGACUCUCCUAAAAUUCUGCAAGACAUUGCUUCAGGGAGGCAUUCAUUCUGCGAGGUCUUAAAGGAUGCUAAAAAACCAAUGGUGGUUUUAGGCAGUUCUGCACUCCAGAGAGAUGAUGGAGCAGCAAUUCUUGUAGCUGUGUCCAACAUGGUACAAAAGAUUCGAGUGACAACCGGUGUUGCUGCAGAGUGGAAAGUUAUGAAUAUUCUGCAUAGGAUUGCAAGCCAGGUAGCUGCUUUGGACCUUGGCUAUAAACCUGGGGUAGAAGCGAUUAGGAAGAACCCUCCCAAAAUGCUGUUUCUUCUGGGAGCAGAUGGAGGUUGUAUCACGCGACAGGACUUGCCAAAGGAUUGUUUCAUUGUUUAUCAAGGACACCAUGGUGAUGUUGGUGCUCCCAUGGCUGAUGUUAUUCUCCCAGGGGCUGCUUACACAGAAAAGUCUGCUACUUAUGUCAAUACUGAGGGCAGAGCUCAGCAAACCAAAGUAGCAGUGACGCCUCCUGGCUUGGCACGAGAAGACUGGAAAAUCAUAAGAGCUCUCUCUGAGAUUGCAGGUAUCACUCUUCCAUAUGACACUCUGGAUCAAGUAAGGAACCGUCUUGAAGAGGUCUCUCCUAAUCUGGUUCGAUAUGAUGAUAUUGAAGAAACUAAUUACUUUCAGCAAGCAAGUGAGCUUGCCAAGCUAGUAAACCAGGAGGUUCUUGCUGACCCACUCGUUCCACCUCAGCUAACUAUAAAAGACUUCUAUAUGACAGACUCCAUUAGCAGAGCCUCACAGACAAUGGCCAAGUGUGUCAAAGCUGUCACCGAGGGCGCUCAGGCAGUAGAGGAGCCGUCCAUAUGCUGAGACAUCUAACAGGGACCCUUUUUGCUACAGACAGUAAAUGGACAUUGCUGUAAUCCCUUAUAAGUUAAUGUUUUCCAACAUGAGUCUGAAUGAUGUAAUAUUUAAAGUUAUACUAUGCUUAUCCGAAAAUGGUAUUGUACUUAUCAAAAAUCCUGGCAGUUUAAAAUGUAUGUAAUUGUGUGCAAGCAUUAACUAGUUUAAUAAAACUAUCAUUUUCUCUUUCAUGUUAAAAACACUGA